CAAAUACCAUGAAAAUAGGAUUUUUGUUAAAAAAAAAGAAAAAGAAGAAAAGAAGAUUCAGUUACAUUUCUGUUUGAUUACAACCAUACAGACAUCGGUGAAAUCUCAUCUCACAGACCCAAGACUUUCUCCUUUCCCUUCGUUAAAAGCCUCUCCCUUUCCCUCUUUUCCUCUAGUAGGUUGGACACACCACCCCGUCAUCUUCUGCCACCUCCCCUCCUCCCUACUCAACCACCGUCAGUGCCACCAUCACCCCAUCACUAUCACCACCACCGCCCCCCCUCCCCCCCCGCCAUUGUUUCUUGCACCAUCCUCACCAUGGUGCGUCAACCCUUUCAAGUUCUUGAGCUCAGUUUACUCUCCGCCAAUGACCUCGCCUCCGUCUCCAAAACCAUGCGCACCUUCGCCGUCGCCUGGAUAAAUCCCGAUCGAAAGCUGACCACCCGCGUUGAUCAAGUUGGUCUCACGAAUCCAACUUGGAAUGAGAAAUUCGUGUUUAAAGUCGACGACGAUUUGCUUGAAGAUCCAACUUCCACCGUCACCAUCGAGAUCUAUUCCUCUGCUUUGCUUCGCGAUAUCCUUGUUGGUACAGUUACAGAGGUCGUCAGCAACCUCAUCCCACAAUCCUCCUCUAAAUCCAAUAUGAGAUUCCUAACGCUUCAGGUUCGCCGCCCGUCUGGUCGUCCGAAGGGGACUGUGAAAGUUGGUGUGACGUUGUUGGAUAGCGCAAAGCGAAGUAUGCCGUUGGAGAGCGAUCUUGGUUCAUCAGCUGUCGAUUACGACUGGGACUUAAGCGAGAUUAAAGCACAAAAACAAAAUUUCCAAAAGAACGGAUACAGGAUUGUUAUGAAGCGAUCGCACAGUGAGCGUUACGAUCCUGACGCUUUCAAUGGAAAACCUAGUGGAUCGGUUUGUAAUACGAACUCGGUAAUUGGUGGACGUGAGUCCGUGAGGAGCAAAUCGGAGCUUGGAACUACAAAGAAGAUUGUAAACGCGAAUGGCUCACUUUGCUCUGACGUUGGACCGUCACCGUCGGUCGUAGCGGCGGCGAUAGCAAAGGGGUUGUAUCCGGCGCCGGACGACGUCGGGAGUUCGAUUUUAGAGGAUUGGACGGAGAAAGACAGUAUCGAAGGACUAAAAACGAAGAUCGAAAGAUGGAGAACAGAGUUACAUCCAAUGUACGAAAGCGAAAUAAAGAAAUUGCCAUCAAGAAGUUACAGAAAGAAAUCAGUAAAGAAGCAACGGCGGAAAAAGGGGUCGGGGCUAUUCUCAUGUUUUGGCACCGCAUACGGAUGUGAAUUCUCAAUCACUUGCGGCGGCCCUAACCAGAAGAAGAAAUCAGGGAAUGGGAAAGGGCAUAUGACGCCAUCAGAGAUCACAUUCGACGAAUCAUAUGUAUAAUUAGAGAAAAGGAAUGGCAGAGAGAGAAGAGAAAGAGAGGAGGGAGAUGCCCGGAGAAAGCUGAAACCGUGUACUGAGGAAGUGGAAGACCGCCAUGGAUGAGUUGGUCUCUGCAGAAUCGCGUGGAGAGGGAGUUUUUUUUUAGGGGUUUCCUCUUCGCUCCCAAUAUUCUUUCUCUUUUUCUCUUUUGCUCAUUUCAUUUUUUUUUUCCUUUUUUAAUUAUUCUUUAUUUUUUAAAAAAAUUAAAUCGAUUAUGUAUAUGGAAAGAGUCAUGUGUUGAUUAUUCAAAAUGUUGUCAUUUUUGUUGAGCGAUCAUGGCUUAUAACUUGGAAUAUCAAUGUAUAUUAUGGAAGAGAUAUAUAUGGAAUGAAAUGAAUUGUUAAUAAUACAAACAAAAGUGGG